AUGAAUAUGUCAGACUUAAUUCUUCAAAACAUUAACUCUAUAAAUUUGGACGUGGUCCUAAAAAUUCAAAAAGACUUGGACCCUUACGAUUUGACAUCUCUUGUGUUUCUUCUAUAUGAUGUUCCAGAUACUGCUCUUCAACGUCUAAUAGUGUAUCAAAGAGUCUCAAAAGAUGUAAAUGAUAAUAUGAAUUUGCUUUAUCAUUGGGUUUCUCAUGCUCAGAUGAGACCUACCUGGAAAUAUGAAUUUUUAGAAGCAUUGUGUAUAUGUAGACAAUAUAGUGUGAUCAAAAAACUAGGUUUAAAUGUAUCAGCUGUAAAAGAACACUACCUUCCAAAUAAUAUAAACUUUUGCAUUCACAUAAAUCCACUUAAAAAGAUUUUAUACAGAUUAUGUGAAAGUAUUAAUACAGACACAUUACACACUCUGAAACAAACUUUGCAUUCAUUUGACCAAGACAUUACCGAUUAUGAAAGCUGUGAACUAGUUUUCUUAGAAUUAAUGUGCAAAAAGUUUAUUUUGGACCGAAAUGACUUAUGCAAGCACACUAAAGUAGAUUAUCAAAAACUGACUCAAAUCCUAGAACAUUUUCCAGUUUUGAGUUCAUAUUCUGUUUAUAUAAGUGAGCUAGAAAGUAAGCUCAACAAUACAAAGAAUUAUUUUAUUAAGGAUAUGUCUAAAAAUAGUCCUUUACAGAAUACAGCUUCAGAUGUCAACAGAUCCCAUGUUGGUAGCAAGUGUGAUGGUACUGACCUAGACGAAUUCUAUGAACAAUUAAAUCAGUUAAAAAUAGAAGAUAUUGAUAAUGAUUUAAUGACAGAUAAACAAAAAUGUGAUGAUUCUUAUGAUAUUUUGAAUCCAAAUCGUAUUGGUGUAUGUUGUAUAAUUAAUCAAGAAGACUUUUAUCCAUCAAAAGAGAAUAUCACUAAAAGCAUACAUGUUAAUCUUACAACUAGGUACGGAUCAACUAAAGACCAAGUUGCAUUACAAAAGACAAUGGAAGCACUAAAUUUUGAAGUUGUAGUUUACAAAAAUUUAAAUUCUAAAGAUUUUAUGAGUUCUUUAAAAAAUGUGCUGAAAAAAAAAGUUCAUAAUGAGGACAGUGUUUUUGUGCUAUGCGUAUUAUCACAUGGUGUUAGGGGACAUGUUUACGCUGCGGAUUCAGUGAAAAUAAAAGUUGAAGAUAUUCAAUGUUUGCUGGAUUCUGAUUUGGCCAUCAAAUUAUAUGGAAAACCAAAGGUAUUGAUAUUACAAGCUUGUCAAGUAAAUGAUGAAUCACCAUCGAUUCAGACUCUAAUACCUGAUGGGCCCUCAUCAGAGCUUUUUUUACGGAAAUCAGAUUUUUUGAUAUACUGGGCUACUGCACCUGAAUAUGAAGCUUUUAGACAAGAGAGUAAAGGCUCACUCUUUAUUCAAUUCUUAUGUGUAAUUGUUAAAAACAAUGCACACCAUGACCACAUUCAUGAUAUUUUCACUAAAGUUACAAAAAUAGUGAUAGAUGUUUGUAGUAGAGUUCAAAAAGUACAGGUACCAAUCUUUGAAUCUACAUUAAGAAAAAAGUUAUUCCUUCGGAGGUAA